UAUAACUAUCAUCAUCGUCAUCUACUUUCUCUCUCUAGAACAAAAAGCAAACAUCUAGUUUGUUUUUGUGCUGCUGAUACAAUCUAAUUAACUCAUCGUUUCAGUUUGAAUAUUAAACUUGAAGAAUCUUAUCAUUUUCAAAGUCUGCUUUUACUCAAGUGGGGAAAAGCUUUCAUGGGUGAAGGUCCUAGAGGAAUAAAAGUUUUCCAAGAUCAUUUCCAAGCUUCGACUUCUGGUGCAGAGACCUCUCAAACAGGAGCAUCAAAUUUGCAUACAAAAAUCGAAUUUGAGCAUCACUCAAGCAGCCAUUUGUGGACUGCAAGAAGAUUAAGAAGUGUUACAUCCAUGUUGAACUUAUUUAAUCUGAAAAGGCUACCUUGGAGAACAGACACAAAUGGGAAACAAAAGCUUGUAUUAUCUGCUACAGAAGUAGAAUCACUUAGAUCCGAACUUGCUGAUUUGGAGGAACGAGAAGCUCAAUUGAAAGCUCAGUUGGAACAUAUUGAUGAAACUCUGCGUGCUGCACGUCUUUCAGGCUAUUUACAGAUGCGGACUAGAUGGACAGCAUUACCUGGAGAACCAGCUCCUCUUGACGAUACAGAAGUUGAUGACUGGCUUCCACGCUUUGUUGUUCUCCAAGGACCAUGCAUAUUUUUGUAUUUCAAGUCAAUGGAUAUAAGUUCGCAAGACUCCACCCUAUUGUCUGAUGUUGUUGAAGUAGGGCGUAUGCCAUGUGUUAUUCAAGAAGAGGGGGAAACUCGACAUUAUUUUUACAUAGUAACUCGCCAAGGAUUGAGAUAUGAAUGCUCAAGUGCUUCAAAAUUGCAGGUGGAUGCUUGGGUGACAACGUUGCAAGAGGACUCUAAUGGGCGCAUCAUGCUUACUUAUUUGUACAUACAUAUUAUAGAUCCAUCGAGAAGGAGAAUGAGUUCUCGAUUCUACAAAUCUGCUUCACGAGCCGCUAGAUCUCUUCUCUCGUCUGCUUCCAAACAUAGACAUCAUGUUGUCUCUGAAGGAAGAACAGCCGUGGCGGCUGCAACAGUAUCCUAUAAAGGAAAGCUGCCAGCUCUAGUCUCUUUCUGCGAUUCGUCAAAAACCUCCAACAGAUGGAUUGCUAGUGCCCUUGCGCUACCAGCUGCAGCAUAUAUGCUUCAAGACCAAGAGGCACAUGCAGCACAGAUGGAGCGAACCUUCAUUGCUAUCAAGCCUGAUGGUGUACAAACUGGACUGAUAUCAGAGAUUAUACACAGGUUUGAACGUAAAGGCUUCAAACUCGUAGCUAUUAAACUUGUGGUACCUUCAAAGUCCUUUGCCGGGAAGCAUUAUCAUGAUCUCAAGGAUAGGCCAUUUUACAAUGGCUUGUGCAACUUUCUUAGCUCUGGCCCGGUUCUUGCAAUGGUUUGGGAAGGAGAAGGAGUGAUUACAUGUGGCCGUAAACUUAUUGGAGCUACAGAUCCACAGAAAUCAGAGCCCGGAACCAUCAGAGGUGAUUUGGCCGUUGUUGUUGGAAGGAACAUCAUCCAUGGAAGUGAUGGUCCAGAGACAGCCAAGAAUGAGAUCAGCCUGUGGUUUAAACCUGAGGAGCUGACUAAUUACACCAGCAACCAAGAAAAAUGGGCCUAUGGAGUCAACUAAUUGAUAUGUUCAAGAAUCAUAUAUCAUAUAUAGACAACAAAAAAUAACACCGUAAAAGUUUAUUUAGAUGGGCUUGUUUAAUUUGUUUCUAGAAAAUAAACCACACACAUAUAAUAAGAUGAAUAGAUCUUUUAAUUGUC